ACGCGUCGUAUAACACCCUUAGGGUUAUGAGUUAUGACACGACGUCGUUCUCUUGGUCGGUCACUUGAGGAAGAGAAGCGGUCGUGGCAUUUGUCUUUCUGCUCCGUCCUCUUCCUCGUAGAGCUAAUCCUCUCUAAUCGGUUUCUCUUUCCUGUUCUUGAUAGUUUUCUAGACACAGAUUAUAUCAAAACUGCGGAACAUUUUGAGUCGGUUGAAUAAAUCUACGUGAUCUAGAGAUGGCGGCUUCUUUAUCGACCAGACUUCUUAAAGGAAUCGCUAACCUCCAAGCUGUUCGUUCUAGCAGAUUGACAUCUGCAUCAGUCUACCAAAAUGGGAUGAUGAGAUUUUCCUCUACAGUGCCAAGUGAUUCAGACACACAUGAUGAUUUCAAGCCUACACAAAAAGCUCCUUCUGGUUCUACGGACUCGCUCAAAGAUAUUGUUGAGAAUGAUGUGAAGGAUAAUCCUGUUAUGAUCUACAUGAAAGGUGUCCCUGAAUCUCCUCAGUGUGGGUUUAGCUCACUCGCCGUCAGAGUUUUGCAGCAAUAUAAUGUUCCCAUAAGUUCUAGAAACAUUUUAGAAGACCAAGAGUUGAAAAACGCUGUGAAAUCUUUCAGCCACUGGCCUACGUUUCCACAGAUCUUCAUAAAGGGAGAGUUCAUUGGCGGCUCAGACAUCAUUCUUAACAUGCACAAGGAAGGUGAAUUGGAGCAGAAGCUUAAAGACGUCUCCGGAAACCAAGAUUGAUCCAAAGUUGGAAGUUAUGCUGACUGAUGAAUGAAGUUAUUAUGUUUUUCUUCUUUCCUUUCAUAAGAAUGUCUUUUGAUGUACGGCAAUAAUGUCUCAGAAACUCUGAAUCUUUGGAUUUGGUAUGAACAAAACUUUGGUAAACUAAGAUAGCAAAAACAAAGAAGCACAAAGAGCCUUUUUA